GUAAGCUCUUUCAGAUUUUGGAGCUUUUUCAAUUUUAUCCACUCCAAUAAACACCCCCGAUGUGCCCCCGGCGUGUACACACGCCGGGGCAGGGCGGCAGGGUCUUGCAAAUUCUACGAGCUACGUCAUAGGCCUACGGCCUACCGGCGUGCUACGAAUUACGUGAAGAAAGAGCAGCGGGGCACGGCGUAGAUGAAUCAGCUACGUGCCAGAAGCUGCGACGUUUUACAUAAGCGGAAGCACUGCGCUACGCUUUAGCCUUCGGCUCGGUUUCAGUUCGCUGCCCAAAUUGAAAGGCCUUACCCUUUGAACCAGCUCGGGCC